UGGGACAAUCAUUGUAGCCGAUUGCUCGCUGGGAAAUGUUGGACAGCUAUCAGCAGAUCUCUUGAUAUCCACCCUCAAGAUGAGCAAGGUGGGCUACAUAGACGACGAUGCUCUCUUGCCUGCAAUUGGAAUCGAGGCCGGAAAACUCGCUGUCAACGUGGAGAUUUUUGCUCUUGAGGAAUCGUCGAUAUUUGUCAUGCAACAACGAGCUCCCAUUGUUGGCAAAAGAGCAGAGAAAUACGCCUCCAAAAUCAGGGUCUGGGUUGAAAAAUCUGGUUUCAAGAAAGUGUUCCUGCUCUCAUCUCUACCUGCGGACCUGAGAAAUGAUCGAUUGCUCUCAUCAAAUCUGAACUACUCGGUCGCGUUCACGAUGAAAGAGGGACCUGAGUAUGAGAGAGCUACGGAUCUUGGAUAUGUCUUGACAGAACUGGGUGACAUCGGUGACAAUGGAAGUCCUGAAAGCGUCAUGGAACAAGAAGCAAUUCGAUCUGAGACCACAUUGCUUUGUAGAUUUCUGUACAAGAUAUUCAAAGAAUCGAAGAUUUCAUUUCAAGUCUUCUUUAUCUGGUGCAACGAAGGUAACAACAUCAACGAGGCCUUACAGAUGACCUCGUGUGUGCAUGCCUUCAUUCAGGGGAACAAAACACAAGACAUCCAGAUCAAUUGGAAAGCGCCUGAGUCCUGGAGAAUGUUGAUGGAAUCGCAGAUCCAAGCGUCUAUGUAUUCGUAGCUGAACAUUUCAAUUGAACAUUUGGUCGGAUGCAGAUUUUCUCAAAUAAACUUUAUGUGGUUUCUUUU